UUGGCCGAAAAAGCUGCAGUUUCAAUCCGUCUCCUGAUUGGUCGAAAAAGCGGCAGCUUCAAUCUGCAUUCUGAUUGGCCGAAAAAGAUGGCUUCUUCAAUCCGCCUUCUGAUUGGCCGGAGCAGCCGCGGCCGUAAUCCGCUUCCCGACUGGCCCAAGGGCCGUACCGGGAAUCCUUAUCCACGUUCCGGGCCGCUGCGCGUGCGCCGUUCCGCGGGGCGGGCGGGCUUGGCGGGAGCGAUGGCGGCCGCGGCCGGCGGGGACUCGGACGGCGAGGAGCUGGUGCUUACCCCAGCACAGCUGAUCCACAGCCUGGAGCAGGCCUGGCUGAAUGAGAAAUUUGCUCCAGAACUGCUGGAGAGUAAACCUGAAGUCAUCGAGUGUGUUGUGGAGCAGCUGGACCAUAUGGAAGCAAACCUGAAGCGGGCAAAGAGGGGCGACCUGAAGGUCAGUGUUCACCACAUGGAGGUUGAAAGGAUCCGUUUCGUGCUCAGCAGCUACUUGCGGUGUCGACUGGUGAAGAUAGAGAAGUUUUUUCCCCACAUCCUGGAGAAGGAGAAGUCUCGAGCUGAAGGGGAGCCCUCCAUUUUAUCACCAGAGGAGUUUGCUUUUGCUAAAGAGUACAUGGCAAAUACAGAGGCUUACCUGAAAAAUGUGGUCCUAAAACACAUGCCACCUAACCUGCAGAAAGUGUCUCUCCUAAAGUCAGUUCCAAAGCCCAACCUGGACUCCUUUGUGUUUCUGAGGGUGCUGGAGCGGCAGGAGAACAUCCUGGUGGAGCCAGAGACAGAUGAGCAGAGGGAAUAUGCCAUCAACCUGGAGGAGGGCUCGCAGCACCUGAUCCGUUACAGAACCGUGGCCCCUCUGGUGGCCUCAGGAGCUGUGCAGCUCAUCUGA